GCCAUGCUUUCAGUCUCAGGUCCUUCCUCAACUGGACUCCGCAAGCUUCUGACUAUGAACAAAGAAGAUCAUCAAACCAAGAAACACGUAAAAUCCUAAAGGGACAUCUCAAUACUUUUCAGCACCCUACAUGUCUAGCCCAAGGGAAUCAACCCUGCCACCUUUACAACAGUUGUGUUCAAGCCAGAGAUGUAAAUUUACGAGGGACUGAUGCAGCUUCAAGCCUUGGCUUUCCCAAUGUGCUUUUCCAUCAUCUUGAUGUCCUUGACUCCCUCAGUGUUCAUAACUGGGCCAAUUUUCUUACCAAAAAGUUAAGGAAUCUGGACAUCUUGGUGGGGUUGUUGAAUGCCUGUUUUCUUCUUUCGCACUCUUGUUUUUCUAAUUGUUUGCUCACAUCAUGUGUUUUAACCUUGCAAUGGAAGAUUUCAGGGAAGGACAUGAGGGAACAACUUGGGAAUGCGAAUGCUGAGACAGUGAGUGAGAAUAAGCUGGAUGAUAUUCUGAAGAGGUUUCUUCAGGAUUACAAAGACGACGACCUUAAUAAUGGCAGCAUGUGGUCAUCGGUGCAGCCAGCAUACAACAUAUCCAAGGCAGCUGUAAAUGGCUACUCGAGAAUCCUGACAAAGUGGCAUCCUGAGAUGAAAAUAAACUGUGUUCAUGCAAUGCAGGUACCAGGAUUCAUGAGCACGGAUCUGAACUACCAUAAAGCGACAAUGACAGUAAAGGAAGGGGCUCGAUGUCCGGUGAAGUGUGCACUUUUACCUGACAAUGGCCCAUCUGGCUGCUAUUUUUAUCAAACUCAAGUAGCUAGCUUCUGAAUGCAGUAUCGUUGAGCUCAAUUAACUGGCCACCGCGGAGGAAAAACCUUGAACAAGCAAUCAGUAGAAAAGGGAGGCCACAUACUCCGCUCGUAUGCUGUUCCAGCUCUUAAGUACUCUCCAAACAUGUCAACCUAAGCUGACAUGGGUCAUUUUAAUCUUUAUGCUAGGACCUUCAAAAGAUAUGAAAAUCAUCAUUAAAGAAAGAAGAAAAAUAUAACUGGGCUCUUAAAAAAUGGUGAGGAAACAUAUUUGGCUCAUAACAUUACUCCAAAAGAUCAAAACAAAGGCAGACAAGAACAAUGUAAGGGACAGAUACCGGAAUCGGAAGGAUCCAAAAAAAAAUUUGGACCAUUUCUCGAUUUAUGCGUGUCAUCCUUGCGCAGGGGCCAUGCUAAUCUUCUCUGUAUCGUUCCAAUUUUAUCGGAUGUCCCCAAAGGGACGAUAACAUGAGUUUUAGAUGGUAUUAUUAACACUGGUGCUCUUGCUGAAGACAAGCGAUGUGGGACGUUGUAAAAAGGAGGGUAUCUAUGAUUCUCUCUCCUCGUCAAUCUUAAUGAGGAUAGUUCAAAGUUCAAACAAGGAAAAGGGAAAUCUCUACUUCUUUCUCUUUGCAUUUCGUAAUUUCCGAUUCAUGAAACUGCGAGCAAAUCUAACUAACAAACUAAAUGCAACAAAAGAAGCAGAAUGCCCAACUCUCGAGUACUUCCCAAGGUUUAAAGCAUACGAAGCUAUUGCUUUAUGGUAGACGAAAAGGAAUGGGCAUAACUUUGGCAAGGUUACUUAAGAGGGAAACCGUCAUAAUUUCAGACCAGGUCCUUCGCCAACUGGAUGUUGCAAGUUUCUGACAGUGAAGAAAAGAUUAUCAUCAAGAAACAUGUAAAAGGAAAGUCUAACACUUGCGUAAAGACUCUGCACUGCACACACAUUUCUCGGACCCUCCAUGUCUGGUCUAAAGAACCAAGCCAUAGAGUUUCUACAGCUUCAAGCCUUGGCCUUCUCAGAGUCAUCUUCCAUCAGCUUGAUGUUCUUGACUCGCUCGGCAUUCACAACUUGGCCGAUUUCUUCAUCGCCAAAAAGUUUGGGAAGCUUGACAUCCUGGUGGUGCUGUUGGAUGACUGUAUUCGUCUUCCGCGCACUUGUUUGUCGAAUUCGUCACAGUUUGAUCAUCUGAAAGUUGAUUUUCUAGUACAACAAAGCUGGAGCUUCUGGCAUUGUGCAUCAUUAGGAACGUGUCAAGGUCCCUGGAAAUCAAGGUAGAAACUAGGGCGACUCCUCAUUUGGUUCAGGGUGCAGUGAAGCAUACCUAAAAGCUUAUCUUCAUCUCCAGAUGCCUCUUUUCCAGGAUUCUAUUGUAGGGGUUCACUGCUACAUUUGUGAUGCUGUAUAUUGGCAGCAACAAUGGCCAUCCGCCAGCGUCGAGGAUGCCAUCUUCUAAAAACCUCUUCACUGUAUCAUCCAGCUUAUUCUCAUUAAGCGUCUCAACAUUCCAAAGUUGUUUCCUCACUGUAUUAUCCAUCUUCUGGCUGCUAUUUGAUCAAACUCAAACAAGUUGCUAGCUUCUGAAUGCAACAAUGUGAGAUCACUUAACUGGCUACUGUAGAGGAAGAACCUUGAAACAAACAAACAGUGGGUAGGAAAAAAAACUGGUCUCUUAAAUAUUGGUGAGGUAGUAAAAAAAAUUUGGACCA